AUGGGGGGACCGGGGAAGCCCGCCGUGCCUCCUCCCCGCCUCGUGGGUGAGUCCGCCUGUCCUUGCGCUUGCGCGUGGCAUUCCUUCCGCAUCCACCCGUUUCCCCCCACCUCUUAUGAGCGGUCGGGGAAGCGCGCGUGGAUCCGCAUCGUGGAGAACGAGUACCUGCACCGCCGCCCCAAGCUGCAACGCACGGACGAGGUGCUGGUGUGCCAGUGCGUGCCUCCGCCGCCCGGGCGGCGAGAGAAGGGGUGCGGGGAGGCGUGUUUGAACCGCCUGGUCAGCAUCGAGUGCCAGCCCAAGCUCUGUCCCUGCGGCGCUGCAUGCGCUAACCAGCAGUUCCAGCAGCGGCGGUACGUGAAGGUGGAGAUAGCCCGCUACGGCCGCAAGGGGUACGGUGUGCGGGCGCGGCAGGCAGUAGCAGCGGGGCAGUUCAUAGUGGAGUACGUGGGCGAGGUGCUCAACCGCAAGGCGUUUGCUGUGCGCCUGGAGGAGUACAGGCGCGCCAAGCAGCGCCACUACUACUUCAUGACGCUCAACAACAGUGAGGUGAUAGACGCGUGCCGCAAGGGCAACUUCUCGCGCUUCCUCAACCACAGCUGCGAACCCAACUGCUGCCUUGAGAAGUGGAUGGUGCGGGGCGAGCUGCGCAUUGGGCUCUUCUCCCUGCGCCCCAUCAAAGCGACUCCGUCAAGUACUCCCAACCCCUCACCCCCUCCUCCCUCCCCUCUUUCCCCCAUAUCCUCCCCUACCCUGCAGGGCGAGGAGCUAUCAUUCGACUACAACUACGAGCGCUUUGUGGGCGCGCGCCCCACGCGCUGCUACUGCGGCAGCCAGUCGUGCCGGGGCGUGCUGGGCGGCGCUGAGCUCAAGAAGCCACGCGUGCGCCCCUCCGUGCAGCGAGCUAUCGCAGAGGAGGUGGAGGAGGAGGAGGAGGAGGAGGAAGAGGAGGAGGAGGAAGCAGUGGGAGGGGGAGACGGGGAGGGGAGGGGGGGGGAGCAGAUGGUGGUUAGUGAGAGGGGGAUUGGGCUGGGCAGGGAGUGUGAGGCGGAGGAGGAGGAAGGCUCAGAGAGUGAGAGUGACGACGGGAGUGACAGUGAGAGUGGGAGUGAGGGUGAGGGUGAGAGCAUGGCAGGGAGCAGGCGAGCAGGCGUGCAUGUGGGUGGGGAAAGAAGGGAUGGAGAGGUGGGCAGUGGGGGUGGGAGGGGGGCGGGUGCGUGCCUAGCAUGGGAGGGCAAGCGGGCGAGAUCCCGCCUGACCCUCCCCCACCCCAGGUCUCUCCGCCCUGCGCCCUCCUCCUGGCUCCUCUCGUCCCCGCGCUCCCCACCCGCCCAUGCGCGCCCCCUCCCCUCCCCCUCUGCGCGCCCUGGUUCUCUCCAGGGAGGGGCGGCUGCAGGGCGCGAGGGGAGGGGCGUGCAGGGGGGGACGGGCGGGCUGGGGGCAACACAUGGGUGGGGGACGCAGCAGGGGGAGAGGGAGGGGAGGGGCGGGGAGGAUGAAGGGGAGGGGGAGCGGGCGUGGUUUGAAGGGGACGAAAGGGGAGGGGAGGGGGAAGGGGAGGGGGAGGGGGAGGCAUGUGUGGAGGACGGGGAGGGGGGCGUGCGGCAUGCCAAGAGGCGGAGGUUGAGGAAGGUGGCAGGUCUGGGGGAGAGGGUGUGGCGGCAGGGUGGAGAGAGGGGCGGGGAGAGGGAGGAGGGGAGCAGGUAUGCGUGGGGAGGCGAGGAGAGCGGGGCGCAUGGGCAUGGGUUUGACCUGGUGGCGGAUGCAGCAGGGGGGGCCGUGGGGGCGGGGGAGGUGCAGGCAGCGCCGGCUGAAUAUGUGGUGGCGGCGUGCCAAGGGGUGCUCUUCCACUCAGAUGUGGAGGAGGCGUUGGAGCUACUGCUGGACGGCAACGAUGCGCUCAUCAAGGGCAAGGUGCUUCCUGCGCCCUCUCUUUCACCCCCUGCCAAGGAGGUGUCGCUGCUGCUGGAGGCGCUGCUGCGCACAUCAUCAAGGACACUGCUGAAGCACAUCAUCGCCACCAAUGGAUUGAACGUGCUGCAGAUAUUGGGGCGCAAGCUGCAGCACGAGAGGGAGCGAGUGGCCAUUCUGAGGAAGCUGCUGCGCGUCGCACACCACCUGCACGCCACCGCUGCCCUCUCCCUGGAGGCCGCGCAUGCCAUCCCACCCACCGCCAAUGAGAGCUUCUCCGCGCUGAUCGGCCGGCUGCGCAGGCACAGGGACGCGGAGGUGGGAGGCAGUGCGGCAGCAGCAGAGGAGGCGAGGGGGACGCGUGGAGGGGAGUGCAUGGGAGGGACGUGGAGGGGAGAUGCGCAGGUGGCAGGGGCGCAGACUGGUGAGACAGGGGUUGCAGGGGCGGGUGGUCCAGCAUGGGGUGCAGGGGCGCAUGGUGAAGGGCGUGUGGCGGCAGGCAUGGGUGCAGGUGACGCAGCUGCAGGGAGCAGGGCAGUGGCAGCAGAAGCGUGGGCAAGUGGUGAACGUGGGUCUGCCACGUUGCCUGAGUGUGAAGUAGCGGCCGUUCGUGCUGUGCCCGUGCCGCCUCGGCCUCUGUUCAAGUGGGUGGUGAAGGAAAUCCCCGUGCAUGCUGAUGUGCAUGCUGAUGUGCAUGCUGAUGUGCAUGUAGAGGGGCAUGCGGGCGGACGUGUAGACAUGCAUGGGCCCGUGCAUGGGGAUGUACAGGCAGGCGAUAUGGCUGGUGCUGUCGUAAUUGGAGGCGUGAGGGAUAGUGGCAUUGGCAGUGGGGGCAUGGGUGGUGCAGGCGUGGGCGGAGCACAAGGCCUGGCGGCAUAUGGGAUGCCGUAUGACACGGCACAUGGCAUGGCGUCAGUGCAGCAUUCGUCAGUACAGCAGGCAGCAAUGCAGCAGCCUGCCGCGCACCAAGCACCAGGGCAGCAGGGAGCGGGUCAGCAGGGAGGGGUGCAGCAGCAGGGAAGCGGGCAGCAGCAGUGGUACGAUGCAUGCAUGCAUGGGCAUGGAGCAGCAGGGGUGGCGGCAGGGCGAGCCAUGAGGUACGCACAGGCAGCGAUGCCAUGGGCCGUGCAGCACGGUGGGUGGUGGCAUGCUGCUAGAGCACAUGCCAUGCUGGCGACAGGGGGUGCGCGUGAGGAGGAAAAAGCAGCUUCGACAACUGACACUGCUCACUCCGCUGGCAUGACUGACAAGUUCAAGGAUUCGACUGACGUGGCAUCAGGACGGAUUGAUGUGAAGGUAGAGUCUGCUGACGUGAAACCGGUAGCUGCUGAGAAGAAACCAGCUGCUGAUGUGACAACGGUAACUGCUGACGUAAAACCGAUAGUUGCUGACUUGAAACCGAUGGCUGCUGACCUAGCUGUCCGGAAGUUAGUUCCACCUGGAGUCGAUGUCAUGGCCAUUGGGCAAUGCAGUGCGGGUGCUAUGACACAGCGAGAGCACUGCCUGAUUGACACGACCCGUUCCCUGCCCCAGCGGCGCAUGUCUUUUGAGGCGCCUGAAAAGUCCUUGCCCCAGCAGCACAUGCCCCCUGGAGUGGAGACUAAGCCGGAUGAUGUGGCAGUGCGUGGGCAGGGCUGGCAGAGCUGCCCGCCUGUGAACACCCCUUUGAGCUGCGUGCAGCAGCAGGUGGGUGAGUUGGAGGAACAAGGGCGGCAGUGCCUGCAGGGCCAGCAGCAGCAAGAGCAGCAGCAGUGGGUGGAGCAGCAGAAGCAGGAGCAGCAACAGGAGCAGCAACAGGAGCAGCAGCAGGAGCAGCAGCAGCAGCAGCAGCAGAAGGAGGAGGAACAGCAGGAGAAGCAGGAGCGGCGGCAAGAGGGGCGUGGGGAGGAGCAGGGUCCCGUGCAGGUGAAGGCUGGAGGGCGAGAGAAAGGGGUCGGGGAUGUCAUGGGGUGCAGCGGGGCACGGGCAGGUGUGGUGGGCGCGAAGGGAGGUUUGGCAGACACGAAGGGAGGUUUGGCAGACGCGAAUGGAGGUUUGGCAGACGCAGAGGGAGGUUCGGCGGAAGGUGCGGCGGACGCGAAGGGAGGUUCGGCAGGAGGUGCAGCGGACGCGAAGGGAGGUGCGACGGACCCGAAGGGAGGUGCGACGGUUGUGAAGGGAAGUUUGGUAGAUGCGAAGGGAGGUGUGGCAGACACGCAGGGAAGUUUGGCAGACGUGCAGGGAGGUUUGGCAGACGUGCAGGGAGGUUUGGCAGACGUGCAGGGAGGUUUGGCAGACGUGCAGGGAGGUUUGGCAGACGUGCAGGGAGGUUUGGCAGACGCAAAGGGAGGUGUGACAGAGGCGAGAGGCAGGAAGAUGCGUGGAGGAGCAGGCAAAGCGCAGGAGAGGCUGAGGCGGUGGCAGCAGCUGCAGCAACAGCAGCAGCAGCAGCAGCUGCAGCAACAGCAGGAGCAGGGGCAGCAGCAGGCAGUGCAGGCGGGCAGGCAGGAUGAAGUGGUGGGGCAGGCCAAGGGGGAUGUGCAGAAGGCGGGCGAGAAGGCGGGUGAGAAGGCGGGUGAGAAGGCGGGUGAGAAGGCGGGUGAGAAGGCUGAUAGUGGCGAGGAGGGCGUGAAGGGUGUGGAGGUGGCAGCAGUGUCAGUGCUGGGGGGGAGAGAUGGGGCACGGAAGGGAGGCGGUGCGAAGGGGGAAGAGGAUGGCAAGAGGGGAGAGGACGCAAAGCGGGGAGAAGCAGUAGUAGCACCCAUGGUGACGCUGGCGGCAGUGCUAAUGGGCCGCCAGCAGCACAGCUGCAAGCACUGUCAAUCACAGGCCCUCAAACACCCUCUGUCACUGCUCCUCAACCCCCCCCAACCACUGCUCCUCAAUCCCACCCACACCCUGCCGCCUCCCCCCUCGUGUCAACCCCUCCUCACGUUCUCUCCCCAUCGCCCCAUCUCUUGCCCUCAUCCACCCCCAUGCUGCCCCAUGCCUCCUCUCCCAUCCCCCUUCCGCCCUCCCUUCCUUGCCUCUCUCCCAGUCCUCCUACCCGUCACCCUCCCCCGCCCCCCAUGUGCCCUCCCCGGCCUCCCUCACGCCCUCCUCCUGGCCGUCUCCUGCCGCUCCUCUCCCGCCCUCAGCGCCCCCAUCUCGCCCCGCGUUCAAGCUCAAGUGGAACGUGCGGGUCAUCUCUGCUGA